AUGAAAUUCAAAGCAUUUCUCACUGAAAAUGGCAUAAAUCUCCUGGAGAAGAGAAUCCUCCCAGCAUUAGACAAAAUGGGCAAAGUUUCCCAUCUCUAUUUGACCCGUGACCACGCCAUUUUCCUCCACAAUCUCCUCACUGGCCAUGGAAUUCAAUCCGUAGCCCAGUUCAAGAAAGAAGCCCUUUUCGAAGAUUACCGGAUUUCUAGCCAAAACGAUGAUAAAAUUGCCUUUUCCAUAGACCUUUCACUCCUCCACCGGGCACUACGCAGCAUUCUCACCAUUUAUGCAGAAUCCGGAGAGGCUCAUAAUCCGCCGGAGUUUAAUUUUGGUCGUUUACAGAUAAAGUUAGUUAAGAAAUUGCCCCCGCAUUCGAACCAGCCCACGCCGUUUUUGACGUUUGAAACUAAAGGUAGUAAAUCUGCUGUCAUACAGGAUGUGCCCAUAUCGAAACCCUUAUCGAGGGCUGAUGUUCAGGAGCUCCAAAUGGCGCUGGACGGUGCUCAAGAAAUGCCCAAGACAUUAGUUAAAGUUCCAGAACUGAAUUCGUUGCAAAACUUUGUUGAUAGGAUGAAGCAUGUAGGAGAUGUGAUGGGGGUUUCGAUAAGUAAGUACGGUGAUUUGCACUUGCAGAUGUCGACUACUUUGAUCAGGCUUGGGGCCGAGUUCAGGAAGCUAAUGGUGAUUGGUGAGCGUGCGAAUGAGAGGCCUGAGGAUGGGAAUUUGAGUGCUCAGAGUAGGACUGAGAGGGCUGUGCAGAGAGGGGAUGCAAUGACAGUGCAAGUGAGUGUCAAGCACUUUUUUAAGAGUUUACAAUGUAGUUUGGCAAGGCCAGAUUGUGCUUUCUAUGGAAUUGCACCACAGGGUUCUUGCUUGACUGUGAUUUUUCAGUUCUUUAUUCCUGGUACUAGGCAAACUGAUAAAUCGAUCAGUCUGCAUUGCCGGCUUCCUGUGCUUGACCCCGGGUCCAACUGA